AUGGCCUCAGUGGGUUCUCCUCCAGCUUCCACACAGCCUGACUUACCCUCUGGAAUCGCUGUCUUCAUAAAGAUCCCUUACGCCUUCAUCCUACCGGAGAUAGUCUGUGGGACCUGGGUUUGGAUCCUCGUCGCUGCUACUUCUGUCUCCUUCCCGUUGCUGCAGGGAUGGGUGAUGUAUGUGUCCCUCACCUCUUGCCUCAUCUCCCUGCUGCUCCUCUUAAGCUACCUCCUCGGCUUCCACAAAAACAGUGAGAACUGGAAAGUGCUGGACAGUUUGUACCAUGGUGCCACAGCCAUUCUCUACAUGAGUGCUGCUGUCUUGCAAGCCAAUGCGACCAUCCGCUCUGAGUUGGGCCCCAACUCACCACUUUACUACCAGCUUAAUUGUGCUGCAACGUUCUUCGCCUUCAUCACCACCCUGCUGUACAUCCUCCAUGCCUUCAGCAUCUACUACCAAUGA